AUGGCCGAGGUUAUUGCUAAUCUGGAUUCUUCUGCAAGGAUUCCUCCCCGAGCAGAUGCUACUCCAGCCAUUACGCCAUCUGAGAGUGAUCUUCAUGAGACACCAGCCUCCCAGCCACCACUUAAAAUGAGAAGAUCCAAUCCGAGGCCGGGAGUGCUUAUCAGGGAACAAGCUCAGGAUAUUCAAUAUUCUUCAGCUCCUGGUGUCUCAUCAACUCCCCAACAUGCGCAUGAUGUUGCCUCGGAGAGGCUUGACAGGUUUUUAGCUCAACAAGAUUCUGACCCUGCACCCCGAGGCAAAGGAGUAUAUAUAGGUGCAGGGAGUUCCGGGGGAGUUGAUCCAUUAAUUUCCGAGCUUCGUGCAGAGAUUGGAGUCUUAAAUCAGAAGAUUAUCGAGAAAGAUAUUUUGAUAGGAACUCUGGACGUUAGAGUUUCUGAUCUUGAAAAAGAAAAUCUUGAAAAAUCUGCACAAAUUUCAGUUCUGCAACUCAAUUUUGGCGCUCUAUCAGCUGGAUACUUUGAUUUAAAGAACAAGCUGAUUAGUGAAUUUGGAGACAAAUUCAAAACAUCCAGCGGAGAGACCAGUGCAGUCGAGACUUCUCCCAGUGCCCCUGCCCAAUCAUCCCAACAAGAUCCACUUGAUGAUCCUCCACCUGUGAGAACCACUCAUAUUGUUGACCGCUUUGAAGUUGAACCUGCUCAAGCUAAUCCCAGAGUUACUUUGAAGCUAGUCCAGAGACGAGUCUCUAGUCAAAAGAAAGGGAAAUGGCUCUUCAUGAAGAAUUCUGACAAGAAUGUUCGUGGAAACCAGCCUCAAUUGACUGUGACUGAUCUUCAAAAGAAGCGGUUUGGAAAUAAAUAUGGUGACCGGUCAGGAAUACUUAUGUGGGGAUUUCAUGAUAAACUAAAUAUUUGGGUGGUUAAAAGGAAGAGCGGAAACACGGAACACUAUAAGCACAAGAAUGAUUUUAGCUCUUGGACAAGAGUGGAUCUUACUGAACUUUCCAAAGCUCCUUCUACAAUCCAUCAAAUGAUCCUCGAGGGAGUGACUUCAAACUCUACUUAG